GUCGUCUCGUCUCGUCCUCGUUCCUAUCGCCCCGUGCGCCCAGCCCACCGCCCGCUCCCCUGGAUAAAUCCACUCGUGCUGUGCCAGCCGCGCCACCGCCCCACGCCGCGCGCCGUCCAUAUAAACCCCACCCUGGCGGCGGCGGCGGCCGGCCCACGAAUCUUGACCCGAAGCCCACGCCCCCAUGCUGCGCUGCCACACGCCGCCGCAAUGCCGCCGCGCGCCGCUCCGCGGAGGGCGGGAGCCGCGUCAAGCGGCGCCGGGGCUGGUGCGGUGCGCGCGGUGGGCGCAGCAGGUGCCCGGGAUCGAGGCAUCGCCGGCGCACGCGGAGGCUAAGGCGGAGAGGCCGACCCUGGCGGAGCGGCUGCGGCUGGGGAGCCUCCUGGAGGGUGGGCUGUCCUAUAAGGAGAGCUUCAUCGUGCGCUGCUACGAGGUGGGCAUCAACAAGACGGCCACCGUCGAGACUAUCGCUAACCUCCUCCAGGAGGUGGGAUGUAACCAUGCACAAAGUGUUGGGUUCUCCACUGAUGGUUUCGCCACGACCACAACAAUGAGAAAACUCGGACUUAUUUGGGUGACGAACCGAAUGCACAUUGAGAUCUACAAGUACCCAGCUUGGGGUGAUGUUGUUGAGAUUGAAACGUGGUGCCAAGAAGAUGGAAGGAUCGGUACUCGUCGUGAUUGGAUCCUUAAGGACUUGGCUAAUGGUGAAGUUAUUGGCAGAGCUACUAGCAAGUGGGUCAUGAUGAACCAAAAUACACGCAGACUUCAGCGAGUCAGUGAUGAAGUGAGGGAUGAGGUGUUUAUACAUUGUCCAAAGACUCCAAGAUUAGCAUUUCCAGAGGAAAAUAAUGACAGUUUGAAGAAGAUUCCAAUCCUUUCAGAUCCUGCACAAUACUCAAGACUAGGGCUAGUGCCAAGAAGAGCUGAUCUGGACAUGAACCAGCAUGUCAAUAAUGUUACUUACAUUGGUUGGAUCCUUGAAAGCAUACCUCAAGAUAUAAUUGAUACGCAUGAGUUGCAAACGAUCACUCUCGACUACAGAAGAGAAUGCCAACAUGAUGACAUAGUUGAUUCGCUUACUUACAUAGAGGAAGGAGAGGAGAAAAGUACGAACGGUUCUGCUUUCGCAGCGCCGCACAAAGAAGAGCAACAGCAGUUCCUGCACUGCUUGAGAUUCGCGGGGACUGGGGAUGAGAUCAACCGUGGCCGGACCGUGUGGAGGAAGCUAGCUAGAUAAAAUGGCCUUGAUCAAUUGUAUCAAUUGUAUUCUGCUCUCCUUUGUUUCACCAUUUUGCUUUUUUCACGGUUGGCCGAGCAUCCUUUGAGAAUCGAUGGUACCACAAUUUUGUGAUGAAUUUGUGACAUGUAACAUGCCAAUUUGUGACAUUCGUUGGAUCUCAGCUGGAAUUGUAACUGCUGCCCGUUUUGUACU